GUUCGGCAAUGCAUGUUAUUUAAUGAACCAAAGGUAGAAAAUACAGAAAACUGCUUUAAUUACUACAUGAAUCCAGUUGUUCGUGCAAUGAUUGGAAAGCGGGAAUUAUAUAUGAAUGUGUUUUGUGUUCCUCCUGAUUAUGGAUGUUCAUGUUUGGGAUCAAGUGAUUCAUUUGGUCAGUGGUAUAACUGGUUUCCGCUAUCGGUGGUGUUCUCGUUUACAGAAAGGAAUCUGUACUGUAAUAACAAGGUAAACAAACUCUGCAUAGAGACUGAAUUGUAUACUGGUUAUCGUAUAGAUAAAAUAGUUCACUGGCUGCAUUCGUUUGCACUGGAGGUCAAAAUGAUAAAACAAAUUCAGCUGGUUCUGGCAUGGUCGUUCCGGCGAGAUGUUGAAACAUUGGGUAUGAGCGUAUAUCGAACAUAUAAAAAGAAUAAAACACAUUAUGUUACUCCAAUCAAUAUGCGACUAAAAAUCAUCAAGAAGCUCAAUUCAAUUGAAAUGCUAAAAUUUGAAACUAAACUACACAACUGUUUAUGGUUCAUGAGGAUUAAAUCGUCAACCAGCCAUGAUUUCGAGUUUUCCACAUUUAAAUUGGAGAGGUUGUUAAAUGAGAAUAUUACUAAUGGUACAUCAUUAAAUAGCACUGGUCUGUCGUAUAAAGAGGUAAAUGUCAGCAUCAAAACGAGCUUCAGUGAACAACUAUGUGACAGUUAUUCGAUUGAAUCUGAAUUAGAGGAAAAAACAGCAGCUAUGAUAGUCACAAAGGUAACGUGUUGGAAUGAAUUGGAUCAAACAUUAACAUCACAGGAUUUUAGGAAGAAUAUUAUAACAUAUACGGGUAUGGCUGCUUCUAUUAUUGCUUUAACUGUAUAUCUGACUGUACACAGAAAGUUCGGAAUGCAUAAAACAAUUCCUGGUUCAAACGUAGAAAAUUUAUCCAUUGCUUUGUUACUUUCAGAUAUUUUAUUCAUGGUGGGUGUUGGCGCCAAUGAUCAUUAUAUAGUCUGCUAUACCGUAGGUGUUGUUCUCCACUACCUUUGGCUGUCUGUGUUUUCAUUCAAGUCUGUUGCCCUGAUUUAUAUGUGUCAUAAUAUAAGACAAAUGUCAGCUAAUAAUGCACAUGCACUUGGUAUAAAAAACAAGAAAGCGUAUCUUACAGUGCUUGGUCUUCUGUUGCCAGUUAUAUUUGUAGGACCUGCAGUGAUACUUGAUUUGGUUAUUCCUGGUGUUAAUCUUGAUUACAGCGGGAGUAUUUGCUUCCCUACAGGGUAUCCCGCUAACUUAAUCUUUGUAUCUGCUCCGAUAGGUUUGUCGGUUCUCAUCAAUGUAGUCAGUCUAAUGUGUAUUGCUUUGGUAAUUACUAAGCAGUCAUAUGAGACACGUCACAUCCGGAAGUCAAGUUCUUUUAAGUUCAUUUUAGUGUUUGUGCGAAUAAGCAUCGUGACAGGUGCAUUUUGGGUAACUGGAGUACUGGGAGCCGUUGUUCGGACUGAGUUUAUGGAAUACUUGUUUAUAAUUACUUGCAGUAUUCAAGGCUUGUUGUUUGCAAUUGCUAAUUUGUCAACAAGGCGUGUUUCCAAGUCAAUAAGAAAAAGUUAUGAUUAACCAGGUAACAAUAUACACAAAUUCCAAUCGUCUAGGAGGCUAAUUUUGA